AUGAAUCCAGCGAACCAUUCCCAGGUGACGGGUUUUGUACUACUGGGGCUCUCUCAAGUAUGGGAGCUCCGGUGCCUCUUCUUCAUUGUCUUCUCUGCUGUGUAUCUUAUGACGGUAACUGGAAAUCUCCUCAUUGUGGCCAUCGUGACCGCUGACCCACGCCUGCACACAACCAUGUACUUUCUCUUGGGCAAUCUUUCUUUCCUGGACUUCUGCUACUCUUCAAUCACGGCACCCAGGAUGCUGGUUGACCUGCUCUCAGGCAACCCCACCAUCUCCUUUGGCAGCUGCUUGGCUCAGCUCUUCUUCUUCCAUUUCGCUGGUGGCAUCAAGAUCUUCCUGCUGACUGCCAUGGCUUAUGAUCGCUAUGUAGCCAUUUCCCAGCCCCUGCGCUACACACUCAUUAUGAAUCAGAUGGUCUGUGGGCUUCUCAUGGCAGCCUCCUGGGUGGGGGGCUUCAUCCACUCCAUUGUCCAGGUGGGACUGACUAUCCAGCUGCCAUUCUGUGGGCCUGACAAGUUGGACAACUUUUAUUGUGAUGUGCCCCAACUGAUCAAGUUGGCCUGCACAGAAACAUUUGUCUUAGAGCUUCUGAUGGUGUCUAACAAUGGCCUGGUGACUCUGAUGUGCUUUCUGGUGCUACUGGGAUCUUACACAGCAUUGCUGAUCAUGCUCCAAAGCCAUUCCCGGGAGAGCCGCCACAAGGCCCUGUCCACCUGUGCCUCCCACAUUGCUGUGGUCAUCUUAAUCUUUGUGCCUUGCAUCUAUAUCUAUGCAAGGCCAUUUCAGACUUUCCCUAUGGACAAGAUGGUCUCUGUGCUGUACACCAUGGUCACCCCUGUGCUGAAUCCUGCCAUCUAUACCCUGAGAAAUAAGGAAGUGAUCAUGGCCAUGAAGAAGCUGUGGAGGAGGCAAAAAGACCUUCUUAGUCCCCCAGAGCACUGA